UAUUUGCUAUAGGCGUAAGCAAAAAGGAAAAAACGAAGAUUUUCCAAGCGUGUGAGAACAAAAUGGAAAAUUUUGAGUGAAAUGCAAAUGCACGGUACAUUUUACGUGUGUGUACUGAAAUGCUGGCCGUUAAACCGUUAUGUCUAUUUGGUUAUUAAAACUAAAUUGAUAGAAAAGAAUUGAGCCAUAAAGAAAAAGUUUAUUUAAAUAACAAUCAAGCACCAAAUUGCAAAUAAAAAAUCGAUUAGAAAUGAGCAUAAAACGCAAAGAAAUAACAGCUGUAGCAGACAGCUGAGUUGACGGACAUAAUAAUGACAAUCUAAAAAUGAGGAAAUCGCAAUAUUUUACAACAAAGCUAAUUUAUUAUUGUCCAAAUAAAUUUUAACCCGUUUAAAAGAUGGUUGGCUGCCUGGUUGACUCUGGCUGGCUAGUUGAUUGUUGGGUCUUUGUUGUUUAUAGAGUGUAGUUUCGAUUUUCAGUCGAAUUGAAGCAACGUGAGCGACAACAGCAUUAAAACGGAAUCAAAUGCAAAAAGGUAGAGCGAGCACUAAGAACGCAGCCAACACGGAGUGUAGUCCAAGUGCAGCUAAACGGACAGACAUUGUGUUUUGUGUGUACGUAAGAGUGUUUACAUACAUCAGACUGUCUAUAUACUUUGUUAUGGUAUUGCAUUAUACGAAUAUAAAGUUAUAUAGAAAUACUUAAUUUUUUUUAAUAGUGAAAAAAAAAAAAAUAAAUAAAUAAAUAAAAGAAGAGGAGCAAUAAUAUAUACAUUAAAUUGUAUAUAUUGAAGUAUAUAUUAAAUAUAUGCUCUGCUAUGCAAUAUGGCAUGUGUUUAUGCAUAAAUUUGUAUACAUAUAAGUAUGUAUGUACGAAUACUGAAAGUAUAUAAAACAAAAUGCUGAAUCGCCGUUCUAUACCUUACUACAAUCAAACAGUACUUAUAGGGGGCGUCCAGCAAUGUGUGUUCUUCCUGUGAACCAAAAAUUUAAAUUCAAUAACCCAAACAUCAUCACAGUUGUAGCAGCUCACAACUUUUUUUGUGAUACUAGUUUUCUGAGUAGUGCGUGUAAGUGUGCGUGCGUGACUGGCUGUGUUUAUGUCGCCCGUUUUCUUUCUUUGUUCAAUCCCUAAUAUAAAACUUGUUUUCCCCCAACAACAGCAACAGCAAGACAACACAAGAAGUUUUUAAUAGGAGAAAUUUUGUGUUUUAAAGCCACCAAUUAAAUAAAUAUAAUCCUUGCAAGAAAUUUUACGAGAAAAUUUUGAGAAGGAUUGUUUAUAAAAAAAGUCUAAAGACGUCAUAAAAUUUAACAAUAAAUAAUCCCCAAAUGCAGUUUCUUGAAAAAAGAAGGAGGUAGAAAGAAACAAUGUAAUGCACAAAUGGAUAAUGUAAUACGCUAGAAUAUACAAGCACUAAACAAAAAGAAAUUUUCCUCGAAUGUAAUUUUCGACGUAAUUGCUUGAGGAAAUGUAAAGAAGAAAUAACCAUAGCAGAAUCGCAACAUUUGGAACAUAUCCAAUAUCUACUUAGCAACAUAGCUCUCACAAGCAAAUCUAUGCAAAAAAAAUAAAUAAAUAAUAAAAAAAAAAUAAAAUACGAAAAUUACUUAAUCAUGUAAUUUUCCAUAAUCUCCUUUUAAGCACAAAUAUUUUAAUAAUAAACGCUAAUAUCAGUUCAAAUCAUUUCGUAAAAAAAAAAUUUCAAGCUUUAUUAUAUCCUUAAAAAUUAAAUAACAACAAUAAAAAAAAAAACUAAAUAUUGUUUUUAACAUUUCAUUGUUAAGAGUUACUCCUCAAUUUAUCUCUUACCUAUCGAUAUUCUCUCUCUCCCUCUCUCUCUCUUUCGUUCUCUCCUUCGCGAACGUUUGUUUUGAAGCUAAGAAAAAAGAAAAAAAAUUCAAAUAAAGCUUUAAAAGUAAACAACAACAAGAAAUUAUAUCAACCUCCGUCAACAUCUACUAGUAGCAACAACAACAGCCACGAUAUUCAUAACGAAUGCAUUUUUAACAAAAAUGCGAAUUGAAACAACUUUGGCGUUUUAUCCUAAAAUAAUCAUUUUAAAAAGCGUGUUUGGCAAUUGAGAAAGUUUUUUUGAACAUAUUUACUUAACUAAAGUUAUUAGCGAAGUAAAAUGAUACCAACAACUUUGACCAAUUCAUCAUCGACACCAGUUACUGGCGUUGUAAAUCCCAUCAGUACGUUGAAUAGUAGUAGCAAUAAUGCUAUCAGUAAUGUUGGUGGUUUGCCAAAUCAUGUUUCUGCUUUACUGGGCAUAGCUUCUUUAAUAUUGGAAGGGCGAGCUUUCGUUGAAGAUGAAUAUCCGCUACAAGCAGCGGUUAGAGGUGAAUUACCAUUACUGAGUGGAAAUCCAAUGGAAACUGGUCGUCAGUCACCGAAGCCUUCUACGUCACGUGCUGCUUACGGAGACCUGAUGUCGGGCGCGAAUGAAAUGAAUGCGUACUUAUUACGCAAACUAAACACUUCUCCCGACUCUACUCUAUACAUUGAUUCGUACAGUAGCAGUAGCGGUAGUGCUUCUUCUUCAUUUGACAGUCAACAAAGUCGUUGGUCACAAAAGCUCAGCCAACUACGACAGGAAUCACCCUCCUCUAAUGUUCAGAUGGUUCGUAGUGAACAAAAAAUCGCCGUGGAAGGUAUUCGACAUGCCAGUGAACCUGAGUAUGUGGCCUUGGCCAUUAAAACGGACACUGGUGAAAACGGUGAGCGAGAAGCUGACUUUGAAAUCAUAAGACGUAUUGCUUUAAAUCGUAUUAAUAUGUACAAUUCGCCUAACUCAAUCAGCGGUGGUGGUAAUAGUAAUAGUGUUGGUGGAUCCGGUAUCGGUUUUGGUAAUGAAAACUUCAUGAGCUCUUUGCAAUCGUUAGCCACCAAUACCUGUUUACGUGUAGGCAGCCCUUUCUUUCAAAGCAGUAGCGGCCCUUCUACUCCUAAGUAUUCCUUUCGUGCAGUGUCUGGCGGCAACAACAAUAGCCCACGUUUUCCCUCUCCCCAAUUAGCAGAUUUAUCCACAGGUUCAGCCGGCAGCAGUGGCAGUGCAGUGCAAUCACCGAAGUCAUUGCUAUGGCUGCGUAAUAUUCCGCCAGCGUCGACUGCAACAGCAUCAACUCCCACGACGGCACGCAUUGCUGUACCAUUAUCAUCGAGUUUCGUUGCUGGCAAGCGUGACAUUUCGGCUACAAGUUCAGUUAACGCUAGUAAUCGUAACCAGGCUCCUCAACAAGGUCCACAUUGUGAUCAAUUCCUCCGAAAGAUGGGUCUCAUGAAAACUGACGGUUGCGAAACGGAGGAACAUUCCUGUGAUAAGUCAUACGUUAACAUAACGUGUACACGUUGGCGUGCCCAUUGUCUUAAAAUGGAAGCCAUUUUGGCGCGCGGUGAAGCUAUUUGCAUAGAAGUUUAUCUUGGUCCAGUGGGUCAUAAAAUACUAUUAGAACAAUGGAUUAUAAACCUGAAAGAAAAACAACCACCGCCCACUAUGACGCUGCCUUCUUUAUGUAGUGCCAUUCGUAGUCAAUUGUACUUCUCACAAGUUAGUGCCUGGUAUGAUUUAAUAAAAAAAUCGGACAAGGCGAUUAGCGAGACAGGCCGCCUUAUAUUUACAACGCCGUUAACUAGUGCUGCUGGCGAUUUAGCAACGUUGGCUGGCAACGCGUCAUCGAAUCCUGCCUUAACAGCAGCAGCCGUAUCAGUUGCAAGUACAUUAUCAUCCUCACCGUUAUCAUCAUCAGUAGGGUGUUCGCAAAGGCGUCCGCGCCUUAAUAUACUUUAUCGUAUUAAACAAUACGAUUCCACUGCUUGCUUUAAUUCGAAACCGAAUGUUCAUAAUUUUCCAAAUGUCAAUAUAUCGGAAAAUUGCUGUGUGUCGGUUUGUUUGAAAAGUCUUCCUCGUUUUACCGGGGGUAUACCACCGAAGGUUGGUAAUACUCUCCCUGUGACAACGCAAAUUUUAAAUGCAUCAGGAACAAUGGCGACUACAACAAAAAACCAUACCCCAGCCUUAAACAAUUUAACCAUGAACUGUGAUAAUAAUGUAAAAGAGCGCUGGCAACAACAACAACAACAACAGCAGCAGCAACAACAACAAAAAUUAAAAACAGCGGCAAAAAUGAUAUCAAUAUCAACGAAUCAAAAGGAAAUAAAAUCUGUGAAUUUUACUACUGCAACCAACGAUUGCGGAAAUGAAGAAAAUGGAGAAGAAGAAGAAGAAGAUGGCAAUUGUAGUGAUAAUAGUUUAAAAAAAGACGCUUCUGCAAAAAUUGUUGAAAGCAAUUGCUAUGACGUCGUUAAUGUAGAUGACGGUUCCAAUUCCUCUUUUAGUACAAAUAACGCGAAUUUAACUCAUCGCGAAAAACAAUUACUUAAAUAUCGCAAACGCAUGUUUAAACGUGAUAAAAAGCAACGCAAACGUGGCGAAAAUUUUUGCGUUACCAACAACAAUAACACCUCGACAAUUAACCGUAAGGAAUCACCAAAUGGGAAUGAUUUACCGCAGCUUAUGGAUGAGGAGGUGGGCGACGAAGAAGAUGGCGACGAUGAGGACGAUGAUCAGGACGAUGAAGGAUGUCAUAUGGAAAUAAUGAAAAAUUUUUAUACGCCCUCGUCACCGACAAUAGAUAAAAGACAAGCGAAAGAGAGGGGCGGCGUUACCACUAAUGAAACGUUACAUCAAGUCAAAAUGAUCUCAACCGGCACUCAAACUUCUCAAACUCUGAAUUGUUGUAGUUUUUGUGGCGGCAAAAGGAGUAUGGUCUGUCUGAAAUGUAAUUAUAUCACAGAUAAGAACAGUCGAAACAGUCUAAGUACAAGCAGUGGCGCUAGUAUUCAUCAACGAAGAAGAUGCAAUAGAAGUAAUUUUUGUUCCACAAAGGAGUCGAGCGACUUGGAAAUGGACGAUUUGGAGGCAGAAGCUGAACGUGACUCAUCAGCCAGUAGUCUCAGCAGCAAUGAUAUAAUACAUACACCGCGUAAUAAGGCGGAACUGUUGCUGCAGGCGAUACAACGUACACCAAAAACGGCCAAAAAGCAUCGUAAAACCAAAGAAAAUUCGAGUGAAGCAGUACAAAAAAACAAUUGCAAUGACUCCACUGCCAAUGCAGCAACGAUAAAUGAUAGCUCUGUUGGCAAUGUCAUUCCCACCAGUAACAUAAUCAGUUGCCAGAUGUGCAAACGUCAGAAAACCCAACAUAACUUUAAUCAGCCAACACAAAUGAUGACUGAGCAGCAGCAGCAACCAACAGCAGCCGAAACGACUGAAGACAUUUCCUCAGAUGAAUGUUUGCUGUCGCCGAUUAAUAUCAGGACAACGACAACAACUACCACAACUGCCUCAAAUGAUAAUAAGAACAAAAACGAUGAAACUGCCAUUGAAAACGCUGGUCAACAAAUUAGCGAAACGAAACUUGUCGGCCAAGAAACCGAUGAAGUCAACUUACAAAGUAAUGAUGUAACUCAUGCCGCAACAAUACCUGCGGUAGACAAUAUAUUAAACGACAUUCACAGAAUCGAAGUCAUGGAACAGGAAUAUUUUGAAUCUUCCACGAAGCUAACGCCGUAUAUUGAACGAUGUUCUCUGAAGCCUAGACGUCAGCAACUUCAUAUACCUCAGCAGCAGCAACAACAGCAGCAGCAGCAGCAAGUACAACAAGAACAGCAACAACAUCAUCAUCAUCAUCAUCAUCAACAACAACAACAACAACAGCAGCAACGUAACUGUUCCAGCCCACCAUUAAUGAAUGACGAUAUAGAUCUACAGGCUAAAGGCGACAGUAUUGCGAACGAUGGUAACAGAAUUAUGGCACAAUUUAAAACACCUACCGAUUGUCAGAAAUCGGGUAAAGCAUCAUGCAAACAUGCAUCGAAGCCGACACAAUUAAAAAUUGUGUGCAAUUUUGAUAAUAUAAGAGACUUUGGGGGCGAUGGUGACGGUGACGGUGGGAAUAAGAUGCAAACCGACGCAACAACACCAUGCAAUAGCCGUACGCUAAUAUCGAAAGCUAAUUUGACUAGCAAUAGACGUAAUUUGCUUAAAGUAAAUCUAACACCAAUAUUUUGUAAUACAACUUCACCAAUGACGAUGCUAACGAAUCAAUCUACAAAUGCCAUUUCGCCAUCCAUACCUAUUGUGCAGAACGGUGCUAAGCAAAAAACCAAAGACGGUUCGAAUUCGGCAGGGAUUAGGACGGAGACAUCAUUGACGUUCUCAUUUGAAUCACCUACGAGCUCGUCGACAUUACCUACAACGCCGACAGUACAAAAAUCAAAUUCUGCACCCACCUUACCUAAUUCACCGUCGUUGUCGCCACGUUUCUUUAAGGCUUCAACUAUAUACAAAAGGCGAUCACGUCAUCUAUCCGAUCGGUCGGAUCGUUCAUCUCUCGGUUCGGAUGAGCAAUAUUCGGAUGAGGAUAACGAAUGCAAUUUAUUUAGUCCUUUAGUAACCUCACCUAUUAAAUCACGUCACCGCUUGACCAGUGUUUUCGCACGCAAGUCACUAUUGGGAAAUUUAGAAGAAAAUCUACUGCAAAGGCGACUAAUGCCCAAAAUUGAAGUCGUAGGCUUUCGGCUGUUAUUGGGCGCAUCGGGUGGUUUUUGUCCUACACAGUUAACCAUACCAGCGGCAGCUUAUUUUUAUGAAUUACAUGGUGAAACCCUUAGUACACCCUAUCUGUGUGAAGUUCGUUUACCGCGCAAGGGCUAUACUGUACCGCGUUUUGGUACCGUACAAGCCACUCUACUGAAUCCCAUGGGCACUGUAGUACGCAUGUUUGUAAUACCAUACGAUAUGCGUGACAUGCCUGCUUUACAUCAGACAUUCGUGCGUCAACGUAUUUUGGCCGAUGGUGGUCAAACGUCAGAUAUGUGUACUGAACAUGUGCAACAUAAUGGUGUCGUUGAUUGUGCUAAUAAUAAUUGCAAUAAAACUGUGACAAUAAAUUCCGAGCUAUUGCAGCAGCAACGUGAAAAGCAAACUCAACAACAACAACUGCGUACACCGAAUGCUAGAAACGAGAGCAAUUUAGGACACUUUAUAUCCACGGAGCAUAUGAAAAGUCUGCGUUAUUCAAUACAUUUAAGAUUUCAAACAUCACGCUCUGGACGUUUAAUGCUGCACACCGAUAUACGUUUAUUGAUCUCGAGGCGUACAGAUUGUGAUACUGCAGCUGCUCAUGCCAAAGGUAUUCUAGAGGGGCCCAAUGAUUUUGUAACCGAUACUGUGAUGCCCGCAAAUCCUAAAUAUAGUGCCCGACACGAUCAACAGACUAGUAGCAAGAUUUAGUAGUUACUAAAAUCCCUAUGUGUCCCAAUCGGUCUAUAUAAAUUAUUGCAACAAAAGAUAACCGAACGCUGGCAAAGGAUUUGCGAUAUGUGAUUUAUUAUUGAUUGAUUAGAAUAGAAUGACGUGGUGUAAAUAAAUGCUUCGACGUUUACAUAUACGCAUAUAUAUAUAUACAUAUACGUAUAUAUACAUAUAUAUGCAUAUAUUUAUAUAUAUUAUAGGUA